UUGGAAAAGAUUCGUGAACUGAUUUCUCUGUUGGAAUCCGGGGUUGAGGACUACGAUGCUCAGUUGAAGGUCAUGCAGGCCGAACGGCUGAAAUAUAUUCGACUCUCAAUGACAAACGGAUUUGGGACAGAAGAAGGCGAUUCUAAGGAAUCAUGGCUGCUGCACCUCAAGCAGCUGGAGGAUGCCCUCACGCUCCGCCGGGACAGCAUACGACAGGCAAUUCAACAAACCGCAGAGGAUAUUCAGAAAGAGGAAAAUGCAUGA